GUCUUUAACUCCAUCCCUUCGCCCGCCGAUCAAAGCCCUUCUUCCUAGUUAGGGUUUUUGCCGGCUGUUCAAUCUACCGCCGCCGCCAUGCCGCAAGGGGAUCACAUCGAGCUUCACCGGAAGCGUCAUGGCUACCGGCUGGACCACUUUGAGCGGAAGCGGAAGAAGGAGGCUCGCGAGGUUCACAAGCGUUCGGCCUAUGCCCAAAAGGCUUUGGGUAUCAAAGGAAAAAUGUUUGCCAAGAAGCGUUAUGCGGAGAAGGCACUGAUGAAGAAAACGCUUGCUAUGCAUGAUGAAUCAUCAAGUAGACGUAAGGUGGAUGAUAAGGUUCAUGAUGGAGCUAUUCCUGCAUAUCUUUUGGAUCGUGAUACCACAACACGGGCAAAGGUACUGAGCAACACUAUUAAGCAAAAAAGGAAGGAAAAGGCUGGUAAAUGGGAGGUCCCCUUACCAAAGGUCAGACCUGUGGCUGAAGAUGAGAUGUUCCGAGUCAUCCGAUCUGGGAAGCGUAAAACCAAGCAGUGGAAGAGAAUGGUCACAAAAGUCACAUUCGUUGGGCAAGGGUUUACAAGAAAACCUCCAAAGUAUGAGCGAUUCAUCCGACCUACAGGCUUGAGAUUUACUAAAGCCCAUGUGACACACCCAGAACUGAAAUGUACUUUUAACCUUGAGAUAAUCGGGAUAAAGAAGAAUCCAAAUGGUCCUAUGUACACUUCUCUUGGUGUUGUGACCAAAGGAACCAUUAUUGAGGUUAAUGUGAGUGAACUUGGUCUGGUGACACCAGCAGGAAAAGUAGUGUGGGGAAAAUAUGCACAAGUCACAAAUAACCCGGAGAAUGACGGUUGCAUAAAUGCAGUUCUUCUUGUCUAGUGCCUUUGAGUGACAUCUUCCUUCUCUCGCUGGAAUACCAAUAGAGAGCAAGGUUCCUUAAGAUGAAUGCUGGGGAGUUACCUUUUGAACUAGUGUAGCUUGCAUUUGAAUAGAUUUAACAUAUCUUUUGUGCUUAAUCUCAAUUUUCACCAUCUGGUAAAAAUAGAUGAUGUAAUAAUGAACACAAGUACCACAUGAUAUGCCCAUUUUGGUUGUCCCUUUUGAAUUCUAUAUUUGCAAUGACAUGGACUUGGUAACA